CGACGAGACGUUGGAAUGGCAUCCGAGUCGGAUCCGCAUCAGAUGCCAUACUCACGUGUCACUUCCAAGCCGAAGCCCAUAGUACCUGUUCCUCCCACUUCCCACUUCCCCAUGGUUUUGCUCUUCAAAAAUCAAAAUUUUCUCUCUUUCCCUGUUAUUCCAUCACUGUAAUCUCCGAAGAAAUUCUCUGUCUCUCUCAGGUCUUUGAUUUGAAACCAUCCUGCUCAAGGGAGCUUCGAUCUCACCUCACGCCGACUUCGAAUCGAUUGUGGCCACUCGAAUCGAGGUGAUUUUGCUUGUUUGAAAUGGCUUCUUCUGCUCUAAUCUCUGAUACCGAGGAAUGGAAGAACUUGAAGGCUCAUGUUGAGGACAUUAACAAGACCCAUCUACGUGAUUUGAUGAGUGAUGUUGCCCGAUGCAAAUCCAUGAUGGUUGAGCAUGAUGGGUUAUUGUUGGAUUAUUCACGACAACGGGCCACCCUUGACACCAUUGGAAAGCUAUUUAAGUUGGCAGAGGUGGCCAAUCUGAAGGCAAAAAUUAACCGGAUGUUCAAUGGGGAACAUAUAAACAGCACCGAAAAUAGGGCAGUGCUGCAUGUUGCUCUUCGUGCUUCCAGAGAUGCAACAAUACAGAGUAACGGAAAGAAUGUUGUGCCUGAUGUUUGGAAAGUUCUUGAUAAGAUCCAGGAGUUCUCUGAGAGAGUUCGCAAUGGUUCUUGGGUUGGAGCCACAGGAAAACCUCUGAAGGAUGUUGUUGCUAUUGGCAUUGGUGGCAGCUUCUUGGGGCCGCUGUUCGUGCACACUGCACUUCAAACAGAUCCAGAGGCUAUUAAUUCUGCAAAAGGACGUCAGUUACGUUUUCUUGCGAAUGUUGACCCAAUUGAUGUGGCGAGAAAUAUAACUGGGUUAAACCCUGAAACUACUUUAGUUGUGGUGGUUUCAAAGACUUUUACCACUGCUGAAACUAUGUUAAAUGCCCGGACACUGAGGGAGUGGAUUUCUGCUGCUCUAGGGCCUUCAGCUGUUGCAAAGCAUAUGGUAGCAGUUAGCACAAACCUUCCGCUUGUAGAGAAGUUUGGUAUUGAUCCUAAUAAUGCCUUUGCAUUCUGGGACUGGGUUGGUGGACGGUACAGUGUUUGCAGUGCUGUAGGAGUGUUGCCUUUGUCUCUUCAAUAUGGCUUCUCAGUUGUUGAAAAGGACGGGUUAUUCCUUGUGAUUUUAUCGGUGUUGUAAAGUGCCAGCAACCUGUUUACCUAAAAGGCGAGGUCGUGAGCAAUCAUGAUGAGCUCAUGUCUAACUUUUUUGCACAGCCAGAUGCCCUAGCCUAUGGGAAGACACCGGAGCAACUGCACAAGGAGAAUGUUCCAGAGCAUCUUAUUUCCCACAAGACAUUUUCUGGCAACCGGCCUUCUCUUAGCAUUCUUCUCCCAUCAUUGAAUGCUUACAACAUUGGUCAAUUGCUGGCGAUCUACGAGCAUAGGAUUGCUGUAGAAGGUUUUGUUUGGGGCAUCAAUUCUUUUGACCAGUGGGGAGUUGAAUUGGGGAAGUCACUUGCUACCCAGGUCCGUAAGCAACUUAACGCAUCCCGAACAAAGGGAGGAUCAAUUGAAGGCUUUAAUUUCAGUACAACAACAUUGUUGAAGAGAUAUCUAGAGGCAAGUUCGGAUGUUCCAUCUGAUCUUCCUACUCUUCUACCCAGAAUUUAACCUGCAGCUGGCCAAGAAUUUUGAUGUCGAAUAACAUAAACCGAUUAUGUAUUUUGCUUAAGUUUAUGCUGAGAGUGACUAUUUCUUUCCCGAGAAAAUCUUCGACAUUGUGCAGUGGGUACAAUUGCAGUGCUGCCCCCUCUUUUGUCAUGCUGAGGAACAGUUGCAUUUUCCAGGCAUUUGAAAUGAAAAUAAAUUGUUGAAAGAUAUGCAUUUCUACA